GAUAAACAGAGAGUGGAAGGGGCAGUGUCGCGUCGAAGGCUGAUGUGGGUGAAGACAAAGUCGUGGAUGUGCAGGCAGAAGUCCAGUUGAACAUCUGACUGCUUGCUAAACAGGUCGCUUCUCCAGGAGCUCCAGAAGAAGAAGUAGCUGGGAGACUGACGAUACAGCCCGACAGGACAUCUGAGGGUCAGAGACAAGAGAUCUUUACCAGAGCCCUGCUUCAGACCAGAGGAGGGACUAGUGCCUUUUAGUCAACAUUUCACAGUGGUGACACUGAACAGCUCCGACCAUGAGAAGUGUGCGUGUGUGUUUCUGCCUGGCUCUGCUGCUGCCCUGGUGUGUCCAGAGUCAGAGGAGCAGCCAUGCUCUUGCCAAGCUCGAUGAAGACACAAAGAGGGACGUGCUGGCUGUCGACAUCCUGAACCGCAGCGGCGUGUUGAACUCGUUGCUGCGCUCGGAGUAUCAAGCGGUGCUCAGGGGAGCGCGAGCCCCUCGCCCAGCCUCCCAGGUGCCAAAGAGAGCCCAGCAGGGGUCCCGCUUCGCCCUGUCUCUUGAUGUGCCCACCAGCAUCCUAAGUGUCCUCAUAGACCUGGCCAAGAACCAGGACAUGAGGACCAAGGCUGCAGCGAAUGCAGAACUUAUGGCACGAAUUGGCAAGAGAAAAUGAGAAGCCGGUGGGAGCGGGCUCGUGGCUUGAAGGAGAACAAGGCACAGGCACCUGGUUAGAAACAAUGUUAGUUCAGGUGAAAACAAACACAGCGGCCAGUAUCUGUCCUUUAGAUCUUAGAUCUGCUUCACUUUUAUACUUGUAUUAAAUAAUAUAUUCCAUCAGCUCAUUAUGCACACAAAAUAUUGAAAAGCUAAUACUAGAAAGGAAACAUGGUCAGACAAAAGGACACUGCAAAAAACGUCACACGAUACAAGAUGAAGCUGGUCUUUUGUCUCAAAGAUCAUUCACCCGUGGGUCAGAAACUGUGAUUGGGCUCUUAAAUCUGCUCCUUGUGUUGCGCAUGUGUAAAUCUUGACUUCAAAGAAAAGGUUGUUCAAUUAAAUCCAAUAUGAUAAUCACAUUUUUUUUCUCUCUCAAGUCUAAAUUCAUUUCACUGAUAUCAUGCACGCUUAGUAUAAUUACAAGCAUCAGCAACCCAUAAAGCACAAAUGAAUGGGCCUGGGCCAAAUGAGCCUGCGUCACCCGCAUUAGGGUCCGAUGUUUGAUAAUGGGACAAAGGGCUGCACAGGAAAUUGACCUCUGAAAGAGCAACGGACCCUUUCUAUAAACUUUUGUCCACGUAGCACUUGAUACAUUUGGCAAACAAGUCACAAGCUAUUUUGGGUCGGAUGUAUUUUCUGCUCGGGCAUUAACACUAAUAUCGUGAGUCAUCUUUGCUCCUGCAGUGAGCAUGAAAUGUGAAGCAACAGAGUGAAAUAAACUGCUCAUCUGAUUUA